GAAUCCGAGGUGGAGGGGCCGCGGCCGCCACCAUCUGUCCACAGGUGCUGCCGGCUGUACGCGCCCCCGCUCGCGUCAUGGGCUCGGACUACUGGGUGGGCCCUUGGCGGCCACACCGGCCCCGGGGCCCCAUCGCGGCGCUCUAUAGAGGACCCGGGCCCAAAUACCAGCUGCCGCCGAACACCGGCUACAUCCGGCACGACCCCUCGCGGCCCCGCGCCCCCGCCUACACCUUCGGUGCGCGCUUCCCCACGCAGCAGUCAACCUGCGGCCCCGGGCCCAGCCACCUGGUGCCCUCCCGCAUGACCGUGCGCGGCCCGGACAGCGCCCCCGCCUACUCCAUCUGUGGCCGCCUGCGGCACUCUGCGCCCUCCCGCACUCCCGGACCGGGGAGGUAUUUCCCAGAACGAGCCGGGAAUGCGACGUACCCCAGUGCGCCUCGACAUACCAUUGCUUCCCGAAACUGGGGUGUCCACGCGGAGCCGCAGGGUCCAGGUCCCGGCGCCUACACGGUGCCCUCGCUCUUGGGCCCGCGCGUCAUCGGCAAAGUCUCGGCCCCCACUUACUCCAUCUACGGCCGCACCAGAGUGGGCAGCUGCUUUGAAGACCUCAGCAAGGUGCGAGGAGGGCCGCCGGCCCAGCGCAGCGAGAGGUCAAGAGGGUCAGAGGUGCGCGGGGAACCCAGGCCAGACCCAGCACUCACUUUGCCUCCCACAGACGCCGGGCCCCUGCGCCUACCGCGUGGUGAACCCCGGGGUCUACAAGACCCGGGCCCCCCAGUUCACGAUGCUGGCGCGGACUUCGUUCCCCCAAGACAGCACCCUGAAGCCCGGACCCGCAGCCUACAACGUGGACCAGGUGGUCUGGAGUUCAGGGUCAAGGGUCAGAGGCAAGGGAUGAGGAUCCCCAGUCGAGGGUAUGGGUCGGGGUUCAGAGAGAACAAGGCUCCCCGCGCGAAGCGGUACGCCCCCGGCUCCGCGAGGUCAGCGACGUCUUCUGGUCCGCAGCACCGGAAGCCUCGCGGCUGGACCUUCGGGAUCCGGCAUUCGGACUACCUGGCCCCAAUGGUGACCCACGUGGACGACUGACCCGCGGACGGGGUGGGGGCACAGGCCCACCGCAGUGCGCUUAAAGCUUCCGGAAUCA